UACUGCACGUGAAUGCAGCAUUCUUAGUAGUGGGCAAGGCCAGAUAUAUCUUUCAGCUCCACCAUCAAUAACCAGCCACCUCUACUUACAGACACAGUUUGUACUCUUAAACGGAAAUAGUUUGAACCACAUCAACAGAGAGGCUAUUGGGGUGGAUAUUGCCUUUAUUCUGAUAACCUGCACAAGAUCCCCAAAUAAACCAGCUCAUAUACACAGCCAUGGUGGAGUACUACUUGAUUUUAGGAGUUCACAAAAAUGCAACACAAGAUGACAUCAAAAAAGCUUACAGAAAAUUAGCUCUGAAGUGGCAUCCAGAUAAGAACCCAGACAGCAAGGAGGAAGCAGAGAAAAAGUUCAAAGAGCUGUCGGAGGCCUAUGAAGUCCUUUCAGAUGAAAACAAAAGAAAUGUUUAUGACCGAUAUGGAAAAGAAGGCCUCUCAGCAGGAGGAGGAGGAGGCCACUACAAUCACUUCGGCGGCGGCGGCUUCACAUUCCGUAAUCCAGAGGAUGUUUUCAGGGAAUUCUUUGGAGGCAGAGAUCCAUUUGCAAAUUUUUUUAAUGAUGACCCCUUCGACGAUUUCUUUGGAGGAAGUUGCAGUCGUCCAAGAGCUGCCAACCCGAGCAGAGGGCCGAUGUUUGGGUUCGGCGGCUUUCCAGCCUUUGGGUCUGGCUUCUCAGGGUUUGAUUCAGGUUUUGCCUCGUUUGGAGACAUGGGUGGUGGAGGAGGAUUUACCUCCUUCUCUUCUUCUUCAUUUGGUGGUGGAUUUGGAGGAGGAGGUAGAGGAGGAGGAAUGGGGAACUUUAAGUCCGUUUCAACCUCCACCAAGAUUAUCAACGGCAGAAAAAUAACCACAAAACGGACUGUGGAGAACGGCCAGGAGCGGGUAGAAGUGGUGGAAGAUGGUCAGUUAAAAUCUCUAACAGUUAAUGACCUCGCACCUCAGGAUCCCUUUGAGGAGGAGUUUCGUCGCCUCAGACAGAACGCGCUUCCUGGCUUCGGCCUGCACCAGCGCUACCUGAGGAACUCCGCCCAGAACCCCUCAGAGGAAGAGGAGGAGCACGGCCCACAGAGCCAGGGACUGACGAGAGGUCACAUGGACUCCAAGAGAAAGAAGCUGUGGCUAAAGGAGGCAGACUCCAAAAAGAAACGAUCCGCUCGACUCUUCCCUCGAUUGAAUGGAUUCGGCACCUUUUUCUAAAACACCCGGCAGGUAUAAAAGUAGUUAUGUUGCAAAAGAGCCGUCGGCUACAUGUGGCAUUAGUAUGAUUUUUCUAAAAUCAGAGCCGACAGCAUCGCUGCUGCAUCAGAUCUCCUCCUAUCUGCAGUAUAAAGCUUAAUUCAUACCUGCUUUCAUCAGCCAUACAACACCACAACAGCAAUUUUUAUAUUUUAUUCUGAUUGUAGACGCUGCAGUGGUUCGCUUGUUGCUGUUGUUGUUGAAGCGUUGGUCUUCUCCAGGAGGCCUCCAGAUCUUAAACAAAUCUCUAAUGACUGAACUGAUUUCUGCAGCUUGCUUUUUAGGCUCUUGAAAAUGUUUGGCUGCAAAAGAGAAAUUGCCUGAUUUGAAAUAACCAUGAGAUGUUGAGGUUAUGGCAUGUGAGAGACGAUGAAGGUCAGUCUAUUUGGUGCAACAGGCGACUUUGAAAGUUUCAAAGAAAUGAUGCUCAGUCCUAGUACUUUUACCAGUAUUGCACCUUUAAAAUGCAAAUUUUAAAGAUUUUUUUGUAGCCUAAUCAACAACACGCUCUUUUUGUGUUUUUGUAAAAUACAAACUCAUUUAGGAUCUUCUGACAGAUCGUUCUUGUAAUAAACUGCGUUUAGAUGUGGAAAUGUGAGACAAAUGUUCACAUUUUUAUGGACUCUGACAAUAAAUACUUAAAUAAAACAAAGAA